AUGAUUACAAAUUCAAAUUAUCCCAAGAUGGUCAGUGAACGAUCUACUAGUGAACAACGUGGACCAAAUUUCUUAGCUAGACCAAUUAGACCUUUACCAUUGUCUGGGCCUAGUCGAGCUGCAUCAGCAGAGAACAGACGUAUGCCAGUACCAUGGGGUAUGAAUAACAGUCCACAAGUUAUGAACAAUUUAUCAAAACAUCAGAACCACCCAAGGUCAAGUCCAACAAGUUUAUCUUCAUCAUCAGCCUUGUCAAUUGAUGAAAAAUCUGGUAGUGUAUAUAACUUGAAAUCAUUGGAAAAAUUUGCUCAUAUGGGUCAACCUCAUGUUAUUGCAUUGUAUAAUUUUGAAACUGGAGUAGAAGGUGAUUUAGAAUUUGAAGUUGGUGAUAUUAUAAUGCUGGAAGAUGUUGUCGAUGAAUCAUGGUAUAAGGGCAGAUCUAUAAAAACUGGUGCUGUUGGAAUAUUUCCAAUGAAUCAUGUGGAAGUGAGGAUCCCCUUGUCAUCUGGUCUGUUUACAGAUACACAACCGAAAACACCAUUGAUAAAUCCUGCUAAAUCGAAUCAUACUUCAAAUACCACCAGGACUUAUUCAAAUCCAUCUUUUAGGAAGAAACCUAUCCCACUGCCGAAAACAGUGAAUCAGUCGGCACCGCCAUCAAAUUCCACAGAAUCGUUAAAUGCACAGACAACGGAUUAUUCCUCAGCUCCGAAGACUAAUCAGAGUAAUGAAGUCACUGCCGCAGCUGAGCUUCAUCCAAACCCACCUCAAGUUAAUUCUCUUGUGAACAAUUUAUUGCCUAAUCGGGCACACAUCUCUUCAAAGCCUAUACUACCCACACCUCCCCUUCCACUGCCGCCACAACAACAGCAGCAACAACAACCUAAACUUGGUUGUACACCACCAGUAAUCAAUUCCUUGAAACCUAGAAAUCAGACGAUAAUAUCUCAAAUGGCACAAUUACUACAAGAAAGAGGUAUAGUUUCAUAUCGUAGUCGACCAAUGCCUUCUGGAGCAACGCAUUUAUAUCCAGGAUCACAUCCAUUAUUAGUUUCAUCAGCUCCUGCAUCAACGGAACAUCCUAAAAUGCCUGGAGAAGUUACUGGUGACAAUGAUGACAAUAACAAUAAAAAUAACAACAAUGCUGCUGAUGACGAUAAUGCAAAGAACCGAAAGAAUACCACUAAAACUGGAGGAUAUCAUUCACCGCUGAUGGUUGAAACUGUACUGAGUAAACUUCUGUCUGAAUUAAACAAAUCCCCACAUAAUGGUACAAAUUCUAAUGGUUUGGAUAAUACACUAACCAACAGAAGCAAAUUUAGUCUUAGAACGAAAACUUCAAAAAGAAUAGAUGAUGAAAGAAGACAUACAGCAGAAAUAUCAUCUACAUAUGACAAUAAUAAUGAUAUUUAUGAUAACAAUAACAGUAAUAAUAAUGUUCAUGUGACCGGUGCUACUAACAAUAAUAUCAGUAGAGCAUCAAAUUAUGUUAAAAAUUUAAGUGAAUCACAAAUUUUUAAAGGUGAUAAGAAUUUACAGGAGAAUAAUCAGUCCGCUAUGAAGUCAGCAGCAAUUAUGCAAAAUGGUAGAAGUUUCUCCACUACUACUAAUAUUCAAACUACCAAUAGUAGUGAUAGUAAUGACAGAAAAAGGAAUAAUGAAUCAACUGAUGAUUAUGACAAUGGUAAUAACACCUAUAUUAGACAAGCUUUUAAAGUAACAAAACCUCCAGAAAAAUUAGUUACAUCAAAGGUCUAUGUAAAUUUAUCACCUUCAUCAUCAGCACAAAAAUCAGCUAGUAGUAAUCAACUUUUAGGAUUAACAAGUGAUCAACAAUCAUCAUGUUAUGAAUCACGAAAUUAUCAUCAUCCAGUGAAUACCUCAAGUAAACAGGAUAAUAAAUGUGGAUCAAUUUCAUUGAAUGAUUGGCUACUAGUAGAAUGUAAACAAAUCGGUAAUGAAUCAACAGGUGAACUUGAUUUAAACGUUGGUGAUAUCCUGAGGUGUAUUGAGUUAACUUCUAAACCAGACCAAGCAAAUAUCAACCAUUCGUCCAUCUUGUCAGCAUCAUCAUCAACAAAUGACCAGUGGAUAAAGUGUGAAAAUUGGUUUGGUGUACCGGGUUUAGUAAAUAUCUCCAAUGUUCGAGUUAUAGACAAUACAAAUGAGUUGGCUAGAUUUAUGGAGCAGAGACCACGUGCACGAGUCCUGUAUGCAUUUGAUAAAGAAACUGAAGAUGACUUGGUUUUAAAGCCUGGUGAUAUAAUUUAUUUAUUCGAGGCAAUUGAUGACAAUUGGUAUUAUGGAGAGUCAGCAAGUACUGGUAAUCGUGGAAUGUUCCCAGCAACAUUUAUUCAGGUUAUAAAACCUCUUUAA